AUGAUCGUAUUAUCCUCCGCCGCCGGUGUAAUUAUCAGGUGCCAACAGAGAUUCGGUUUUCGUUUGCUCCGACGUUUUUCACCCGUUGAUGCCCUUUCAAACUCCCGUUAUUUACACUUCCGCCACUUAAUCAGCCACCCCAACACCUCAGGCCGGCUACUCUUCAUUCCCCAAUCACCGAUCAGGUCCUUUGCUCCCAUUUCGAGGAUGGAAAACGGCAGUGGUGCCGCUAGGGUUUCGACGCUGUCCAACGGAAGCCACGACGGUGCCGAUUUAGUCAGCUUCCAGCUGUCUCCGACGAGCUCUCUUAAGAUUCAGAAAGGCGAUAUCACUCGCUGGUCCGUUGAUGGAUCCUCUGACGCCAUCGUUAAUCCAGCAAAUGAGCGAAUGCUUGGGGGUGGCGGUGCUGAUGGAGCCAUUCAUCGAGCUGCCGGUCCAGAACUAAGAGAAGCCUGCUACCGAGUUCCCGAAGUGCGUCCCGGAGUUCGCUGCCCUACUGGUGAAGCCAGGAUUACACCUGGUUUUCGAUUGCCUUCAUCUCAUGUGAUUCAUACUGUUGGCCCCAUUUACGAUUCUGACAGAAAUCCCGAGGCUUCUCUGAGCAACGCUUAUAGGAAUAGUCUUCGUGUAGCUAAAGAGAACAAUAUUCAGUACAUUGCUUUUCCUGCCAUAUCUUGCGGUGUAUACGGGUAUCCCUUUGAUGAAGCUGCCAGUGUGGCCAUAUCUACAGUGAAGAGCUCUGCAGAUGGCCUCAAAGAGGUCCACUUUGUUUUGUUUUCAGAUGAUAUAUACGAUGCUUGGUUGAAGGCGGCUAGAGAAUUAAUUAGAGACUGA